GAGCCACAACAUGCCUUCGUUAGGAAUAUCGUGCGUGCGCUAUUUAGUGUUUUUCUUCAAUUUCCUGUUUGCGAUCACCGGCCUGGUCGUGAUUGUUACGGGAGCCAUCAUUCAAUCGAAUUAUUACCAUUACUCGAACUUUGUCGGCGAUAAUUUCUGGACCGCUCCGAUCGUACUUAUCGUUAUCGGGUCCAUCAUCUUCGUUGUGGCAUGUUUCGGAUGUUGCGGUGCGGCCAAGGAAAGCCCUUGCAUGAUUAUCACGUUUUCGAUCUUUUUGGCCUUGGUGUUCCUGGCCGAAAUCGGUAUCGGUAUUGCCGGGUACUACAAGCACGAAGAGCUGAGCGGCAUACUGGAGAAGGGCUUCAACAAGACACUCGAUAGCUACGCCACCGACAAGGGCGCACAGGAAGCGUGGAAUCUCGUACAGUCGGAGAUGGUAUGCUGCGGCAUCAAGGGACCGGAGGACUGGGAACCGAUCUAUAAGAAUGACACGGUACCGCGGGCCUGCUGCCACCGGAUGCCGGUCGGUGUAAACAAGUGCACCCGUGAGUACGCCUCAACGGAAGGUUGCUUCUCGAAGCUUUCGAGCUAUCUCGGCUCGAAGUCGCUCAUACUCGCGGGCAUCGGAAUCGGUUUGGCCAUUGUGCAGCUGAUUGCUGUGCUGUUGGCCUGCUGUCUGUAUGGAUCGUUCCGCCGUCAGUACGAGACUGUCUAAAUUGGUGAAAAGUAUUUUGGAAUCGAUCCCCG